ACUUCCUAGUUUUUGGGGAUUUUUUACUUUGUGAAAUCAACACUUGAGUUUUAGGUGGAUCUGGACCCGGUUCGUCCUCUCGGUCCCGGUGUGUGAAGUGAAAACCGUGUCCCGCCGGUGUUGUUCCUGAGUUCCGGUCGGUUUGUGGGUGUUAGGAUGACUUUUUGGGGACUUGUCUCGGCGGUUCUUGUACCGACCUGCUGGCUGCUGGUGGCCGCGGCGCCGGAUGCGUCUCCCGGAGCGGCGGCCGGCAGCACCGCGGCGCUCAGACCCGCCGCCACCAACAGCUCCGGCGCGGGGAACUCCACUCACGGCGGCCCCGGCGGCGGGAAGAGCUCCGGCGGGCGGAUUUCCGGGCUGAACGUGGACAGCUCGAUGAUCCAGCGGGCCCUGUACGUCCUGAUCGGCAUCACCAUGAUCGGAGUCCUCUACUUCCUCAUCCGAGCCGUGCGGCUGAAGAAACCCGCCUACAAUAAGAAGUACGGCCUGCUGGCCAACUACGACGACUCGGUGGAGAUGGACGCCGUGGAGAGCGACGAGGACGACACGCUGUACGAAGCUCGCAGCCUCCGCAGAUGAGCCGAGUCCGAGUCGUCAGCGGACGAGACGAGUCGAGUGUUUACUGAUGAUAUUGAUUAUGGAUCAGAGAGAGAGACUGCUGGAGGAGAAGAAACGGACCAAACAGUUUUUGGAGCUGGAUGCCAAAGCUGCUCGCUGAGCAGAAUCGUUAUUAUUUUUAAGGUGGUAUUGGAAGAUAGAAUAGAUGUUGUGGAGAUGUUCUGUGUAUUAUUAUUAUUGUUAUUAUUUCUCUUUUUCUGAGAGUUUCUUGAGCUUUUCUGCUCCGACUGUGUGCUCAAACUACUGCAGACUGACUCCAGAUCAGCUGAUUGAAGGCGAUGAAGGACGAUUGUGAUCACGUGACGCUGAGUGCUGACUCGCCACGUGAGGUGACGGCAGCGUGAGUGUGUGUGAAUGUGUGUGAGUGUGUGACAGAGUAAACACAGUGCAGAUAUCCGGCUCUGCUCACUUAGCCUGCAGCUCAAGUGUGCAGAAUUAAAGGACGCACAGCGCAGUCGCAGCGCUGCGGCUCUCACACGUGUCUUUUUUUAACUAAUUAUCCAAAAAGAAAACAAAGCAAAAAAAAAAAAAUGUGGGUUGCAAAAAAAAAAAAGGUUUUUGCCGAUAUCCGAUAUUUUCUCACGCAUUUUGGCCGAUUACUGAUCCGGAGUUUUAGGGCCAAAGUAAGAAAAAAAAUGUUUUUUAAAACUUUCAGAAUAAAGUCGUUAUAUUAUGA